GGAGGAGGGAUGGAGGCUCAAUGGAAAAGUAGUGAAAGGAAGAAAUUCCGCUCUAGAGUAAUAGAAAAAAAACAUCGACUUUAAACAGUCGCGCAGUACGGGAAGGCUUUCAGCGAAAUAGCCACGAAACGUUAUACUUUGUACUUUUUAAGCCUGUUUUGAACUAGUCCAGUAUGAGUUGUUUCAGUCAUUUACUUUCUUAAAGAAAGAACGUCUUGGAUUUAUAUGCGUGUACCUAAAGGUUCUUAAGAGAGUGAUUUUUAAAAAAAAAUUGUUAUCGGCUCACUGAAACAGUUUCCUUUUUUUUCUUUUAGCACAUCCCUUUUUUGCAUAAAUUAAUGUAAUAUAAUAUUUACAGGCACUCGGCUCUAUCUGCUUGCAAUUAAGGAAACAAGCACUCGAAUAACUUUUAAGCUCCAAUUGCUAUAACUUCGCAUUUUUCUUCUCGGAGAAUGACUCCCUGAGAGGAUUAAAGAAGAAAGGAACUUUUGUCGCGUUUUCAUAAAUUUGAGGACUGUACCAAAUCUAAGGGACGAUAAUGGGAAUACCUUUCAGACAGCUUUUGAUUUCGGUGUUUCUUUCAUUUUGCUUCACCUGGACACCAGGGAGCGCCCAGGCAGGUGGCAAGUUUCAUGAGAGCCCACGCAACAUCACCACAUCGCUGGGAAAAGAAGUGACAUUGAUCUGUAAAAUAUAUUGGGUUGGGCCAGCUCCAGAAAUCGAGUGGCUGCGGGAUGGCAAGCCUGUUGAUGAACAUGACACCAAUCAAAUCCAGGUGCCCAUGGACAUAGACGAUGAGGUCCUUGUUGUGGGCGAGCUCAGGAUCUCCAAGGCCCAGCUGCCGGAUAUGGGGGGAUACCAAUGUGCUGUCACAACAGAUGAUGUGGAGAUCCUAUCAGAUGGAGGUUAUCUGGUGCUGGAAGGUUUACCUCAUUUUACUGAAGAACCUCAGAAUUUUGAUGUAGUAGCAAACCAGGCCUUUAACCUCACCUGCCAUGCCCAAGGACCCCCUGACCCAGUCAGGGUCAUCUGGCUGCAGAAUGAUGCCCCCCUUAACUUACUUCAGGAUGACAUGGCCCUGUCUCCUUCAACACUCUCUGUCCAAGGUCUGAAUAAAUCCAGUACAUUUUCUUGUGAAGCACACAAUAAGAAAGGUGUCACAACCUCCAAGACUGGACACUUACGAGUUCUACCUGAUAAACCUCAAAACCUGCACUUGUCAUCCAAAAAGACUGAUUCCCUGGACAUCUCAUGGACACCAGGAUUUGGAGGAGAUUACGAAGUGACUGUUUGUACUGUGCAGGCUACAAGCUUUAUGGAAGACAACCACAGUGUCAUCCCCAGUCACCUGAUCUACAACCAGAAUGUCCGUGUUCCCCUUGAAAGCCACACAAUCCCAGGACUGGAGCCAUUUACAGUGUAUCAGGUCCGAGUGGCUUGCUUGACCAGCGAAGGCAUGUCCCAAUGGACGGACUGGGCAGUCAUGGUGACGGAAGAGGGAGUGCCAGAUUCUCCUCCUGCUAAUGUCACCACUCAAGUCAAUGGCACCAUAGCUGUGGUGUGGUGGAGUCAGCCUGCGGGACCAGUGAAUGGAAUUCUGAGAGGAUACCGGGUGGCCUACCAGGGUGACAACUUCUCCGAGGAAGUGCUGGAUGUUGGACUGACCAAUGAGACAACAGUGAACCUGACACUGUCUUUUGCCAACUUCUCUGUGAGGGUCAGCGCAUACACCGGAGCUGGUGAUGGCCCAUGGAGUGAAGCAGUCAUUCUCAUUCUCAAUGAACCAAAGGCUCAGGAAGUCAUAUCAGAAGAUGCAAGACACUUUUCUUGGCACUGGUGGUACGUCGUUGUAGCAAUUUCUGGAGCCAUUGCCUGCGCCAUACUGGUGGCCGUCUACAUCGCUCGACUCCGGCGAAAAGAGACACGUUUUGGGGAAGCUUUUGAGCCUAUGAUGGAACGAGGUGAGCUAGUAGUCAGAUAUCGAGCUCAGCGGUCCUACUGCCGUCGAACAAUGGAGGCAACCCUAAACAGCUUAGGAAUCAGCGAUGACCUGAAGGAGAAGCUACAAGAUGUCAUGGUAGAUCGGCACAAACUAGCAUUGGGCAAGACCCUUGGUGAAGGGGAGUUUGGAUCUGUCAUGGCAGGACAACUUACACAGGAAGACUACAUCCUGAAAGUGGCAGUGAAAACCAUGAAAAUAGCUAUCUGCACACGAAGCGAGAUGGAAGACUUCUUACGGGAGGCUGCCUGCAUGAAGGAGUUUGACCACCCAAAUGUUAUGAGGCUCCUAGGCGUCUGCUUACAGAAUGUGGAAAGUGAAGGAUAUCCCUCACCAGUUGUCAUUCUGCCCUUCAUGAAGCACGGAGAUCUCCACAGCUAUCUUCUUUAUUCUAGACUUGGAGACAGUCCCCAUUACUUACCAGUUCAGAUGUUGGUUAAGUUUAUGACGGACAUUGCCAGAGGAAUGGAGUAUCUCAGCAAUAAAAAUUUUAUUCAUCGUGAUCUUGCUGCAAGAAAUUGCAUGCUGAACGAGAACAUGACGGUCUGUGUGGCAGAUUUCGGACUCUCCAAGAAGAUUUACAAUGGUGAUUACUACAGACAGGGCAGAAUUUCCAAAAUGCCAGUCAAAUGGAUUGCUAUUGAGAGUCUUGCAGACCGUGUCUACACCACCAAAAGUGAUGUGUGGUCCUUCGGAGUAACUAUGUGGGAGAUCGCCACCCGGGGACAGACACCUUAUCCAGGUGUAGAAAACAGUGAGAUUUAUGAUUACCUUCGGCAAGGAAAUCGUCUGAAGCAGCCACCAGACUGCCUGGAUGGAAUAUAUACUCUAAUGUUUUCAUGCUGGCUGUUAAGUCCAAAAGAGAGGCCUGGAUUUGAGCAUCUGCGCUGUGAGUUGGAAAAAAUUCAGGAGGAUCUGCCAGACUUUCAAGAUCCUGAAGAAAUUCUGUAUGUCAAUAUGGAAGAACCUGGAUCUCAGAGUAGGAAUGACGCUGGUGAGCUAGGUGCAGUAGGCGGCAGUGAACCUCCUGAUAGCCUCAAACACCUUCCUUGUUCCUUUCUUAGUGCACCAGCUAAGGGAGGCACCACUGUCACAGCAGAUAUCCACCCGCCAGGCCGUUAUGUCCUAUGCCCUCGGCAUGAGACUACCAGACUUCUUAGCGAGUCUUUGGAAAGUUUGAACCAGACAGAGAAUGCCAGCCAACUUGAUGGGGAAGGACCAGCACUGUCCUCUACUGUCCAUGAUGUGCUUUAUAAGCCACCCCAUGAACAAUGACAAAUGUCCCUCAGGAGCAGAACUCUUCUGGAUUUCAGCGAAGGAGAUGGCUAACCUCAACUACCUUCUGCAGUUGGCUUCAUUGUAUGGCCAUCAAAAGAAGACCACACUUGUGUUUGUUGAACUUCCGAGAACUAACCAUUCCAAUGUGGGGUUUUUGCUUGGAUGUGCUCUGCAUACAAGUCAUUGGAGUUCUACAGCAUUUGAUUGGUAUUGGUUACAUUUUUGAGUUCAAUUCUAGUUGUUUUAAACCAUAAAAAGGGAAUAUUUGGGAUUCAAAUUGCAAAUUUGUAAGGCAACUGAAUCCUGGUUAGAACUUCAGACCAGCUUGACCUCUGCCUUACAAAUCCAGCUCCCAGGACCAUAGACAAGAUGCUCCUUCACUGCCAGGAUAUCACUCUUGAUUGACUGAAUUCCAUAAUGGUGUUCCAUUAAAUCACCCAGACAGGAAACAUACAACAUUACCAUUGUAGCUCUGAUGCCAAAAGAUGGAAGAGAAUCAUCAAGUCUGGAGAAUCUGGGAACAAAGAUAGGAUUAAUGACCUUAAAAAGAAGUGCGAUGAAAGGACAAGAUGGAGAUCUGAAUGUGCUCAUGCUAAUAAGUAGGUCCUAAAAAUGUACAUGUUGUGCCAAAGUACAAGCCGGUUUGCUGGAUCUAUGGUCAUUGAGGAUUAAAACACUGGUGUCACUCAUUCCAGUCCCACAUCCAGUCCCUUCUUUCAUCUCCACGUUGAUCCUGUUUCUACUCAUAUAUCAUUGUGAGAUGUUUAUUUUUAAUGUCAGAACUUUCUUCCAUUUUCUUCUUAGUUUUUUGUAUUUGAGAUGAUCAGUGUGAAUGUAUGCUUAUCACUGCCGCCGCACUCCCUUCUGAUAAGUAGUUUUGGCAAGCUUCAUAAUGGGGCCAGUUAAAGAGUGAAUAGACGGUACUUGGGUGAGCUGGAGACCUAACCACUAAUGGUGUCAAUGGAGUUUUGUUUUGGAAUUUUGGAGGUUGUGAGGGGACAAUGAAACAAUACUUCAAGUGUAAGAGAGUGCGCCAGCUCCUCAUUGACUGACUCAGUCCUUGUUCAAGUCUCUGAACAGAAUGGACAGCUUCUGCUGAAGACCAAAGAAAACAUGGAUUUACUGAACUUUUGUAUGUAAUUAUCUACUUAUGACAUAGGGUCAACUAGCUAAAGCACAAUAGAGUAAUAAUUUCAAAGCGGGACACAAACUUCCACCAUAUAUUUUGCACUAAUAUAACUUUCCUACAUAUCUUGUGCCUUUCUGCUCUGCAUUCUCCUUUCAUGCUGCAUCCUCAUCUUUUAACCAGUUUGCUCUUCUGAACUCAAAGGGGAGCUUGGAAGGAUGUGGCAGUUGAGCCCGCCGCGUGCUAACUCUGUUGCCCUGAUUUGUAUGAGUUUUGAUUGUAUGACUUUAUGCACUUUGUGACAGCGUGUCACUGUGUCCUGUAAAGCAGGAUGAGACUGUCAGAAGUAACUGUGUGGCAUGUUAUGCAGACAACAAUUUGUUCUCCUCUACCUUGCCGUCCCAUCAACAACCAGAAUGUGAUGUCAUUCUAUUUCUUGGUUUUAUCUGCACUACCUUUUAGGAAAACAUCACAUACCUUCUGCUCUUACUGCCUUUUGGUUUGUCAGUUUAUUAAAGCAUAAGUAGUGGUACUGAGUACAGUGAAAAUUUAACACACAUCUUUAACUAACAUACAACAUAUCAUCAUUCUCUGAUAAACAAAAAUGGAUUAAAAUACAGAAUGUCAUCACAUUUAAUAGAAAAAACAUAUCAGCUUACGUAGUAAGGUGGCCAAAUCAUUACUCAUCCACCCAGCAAUGAAUCCAGUUUCCAAAUCAGUAAGAAGUAGUUGGAAGGUGAUGUACACCAAGGCCCAGUUCUCUCCCACAUCUUGAACCAGUUCAAGUCCUCCAAAUUCUAACAGCAGCCUUUUUAAAUGGUGUCCCUUUUCAACUGCAGUUAAAGGCUGAUGACCAAGCUGAUUCAAGGACAUGGAGAGCAUAUAGUCCAGUGUAACAAGAACCAUAUCUUAAACGACAAUGCAGUGGCUAAAUCCUGUCAUCCAGAUUACUGGUGAUUUUUUUUUUAUCGGGAUAAUCAGAAUAAGACCACUACAACUAUAAGAAAAGAAAAUUAAUAACAACAACAACAAAACAUUUAUUUAUAUAGCACAUUUUCAUACAAACAGUAGCUCAAAGUGCUUUACAUAUUAAA